AUGGUGCCUCACAACAUUUCGUCUGUCCUACGCGGGUCUAUCAUCAUUCUUUUCUCCAUUUUGACCUUGAUCAAAAUUCCCUUUGUCACGUCAGCAACUUUUCACUUUCGAGAUUCCACCCCACGCGCUGCCUUUGUGUCCCUUGUUGCUGAAAAUCAGCUCAAUCAGAUGGUUGCUUCUGUGCGACAGCUUGAGCAACACUUCAACAACAAGUAUCAUUACGAUUGGGUCCUCUUCAGCCAGGAAGAGCUCAGUGAGAACUUCAAAGAUUCCACCUCCAACGCGACUACCGGCACAGUCACAUACAACGUUAUUCCCACGGAGCACUGGCAACUCCCAAACAGUGGCAAUGGAGUGGGAACCGAACAAGCGGAUAUUUGGAAUGUUCAUCACAAGCGCCGCUGGUCUGCUGGCCUCUUUGCUCGAGAGAAGCGACUUGAGGCUUUCGACUGGUUUUGGAUGGUUGAGCCUGGAACCCAGUUCGUUUGUGAUAUCAACGUCGACGUUUUCCGAUUAAUGAGAGAUCGCGACAUUAUCUACGGAGUCAAUGAGAUAUCCUUCGAAGAAAGUUUCGGAGCCGUUUCUCUUUGGCAAACGACUCAACGAUUCAUAGACAAACACCCCGAGGUGGUCCGGCCUCAAGCUGAUAUUAGUUGGAUCUUGGGUCGAACUGGCCGGGCUGGCACACCGACCAUCAAUAUGGACAAUCAUCAUGGUUACACGGGUGAUUCUUUUGAUAAUGGAGACUACGAAAUCUGCGAGAGCAGCGAAGAUAUUGAGGGCGGUGUGCACCCUGAUGUUUCUCAAGAGGCUGAUCCUCAGCAGUGCGAGCCAUACACGGUGGCUGAUUCCUACACCACUCGUCUAGAUGCCAAUUACAAUCACUGCAACUUCGAAGCCCCUAUCGAGAUUGGUAAUCUCAAGUACUUUCGCAGCCCGGAGCACAGUUUGUAUUUCGAGCACCUCGACAAUGCCGGCGAUUUCUACUACAGCACCAUUGGCAACGCUCCCAUCCAUUCACUGAGUGCCAGUAUGUUCCUUCCGAGGGACAAAGUAUGGCUGCUUAACGACUUGGUUUGCCAGAUGGGUGGCCUUCACAGCUGUCCCCCAUCUCCGCGCCAAACUCCUGACCUCGAUAUUUUCGAUGAUCGCACCCUCGUUGCUGACUUACUCGGCAGCACCCAGGUCGGCUCAUACAAGGACGACAAAAGCCUCCAACUAUGGCACAGGGUUUGGGACUGUUUUGUAAUUGAUUUUGAGCGUCAAGAGAAGAUUCCUUCUCCCUGCGCCGGCUACACUACUAUUGACGAACGCAACUUCAAAUCGGAACAGUGGUUCCUGGAGUCAUGGGUCAAGCUGUCAUCGGACGAAGAAGCCUGUUCCGUUGCCGAGCUCACCUUUAGUUUGAGGGACUCAUGUUCCGCAGAACCGCUUGAGCAUGGCUUCUCUCAUAAGUUUGCAAUCAGCGAAUGGCUUGAGUUUCUCAUGAAGUGGUGA